UCUUCGAGUAGGCCUAUUGCCAAAUUAUAAAUAAGGCAUGCUUCUCAUCUUAUUAUGGAAUUACACAUAACACAUGGCUAAAUACCAUGGAUGGGCAGAGCGAAUCUGAAGCAACCAUGGCUUGUGGAGCAACGUUAAAACGGUCCAUGGAGUUUGAGGCCCUGCUCAGUCCUCAGUCUCCGAAGCGAAGAAGGUGCAGUCCACUACCGGGGACCCCUGGCACCCCAUCCCCUCAAAGAUGCAAUCUUCGACCACCAACAGACAGUCCUUCACUUUCUGUAUCACCUCAGUCUAUGGUUGGAGAACAGAGGCUCACCCCUGAGCAGAUCUUCCAUAACAUCCGUCAGGAGUACAGCCGCUACCAGAGGAGGCGACAGCUGGAGGGGGCUUUCAACCAGAGCGAAGCCUGCAGCUCCACUGAGGCCCACAGCCCCCACCCCAGCACCAGCAACAACCCCAACCUCAACCCGGCACUCAUGGCCCCCAGCUCCCCUCCAGGUGCGUCUUGUGUGAAGAAGGACCAGCCGUCGUUCACGCUGCGGCAGGUGGGCUACCUGUGUGAGCGGCUCCUCAAGGACCACGAGGAGAAGAUACGAGAGGAGUACGAGAAGAUCCUCAACACAAAACUCGCAGAACAAUAUGAAUCCUUUGUGAAAUUCACGCAAGACCAGAUCAUGCGGAAGUACGGCGCCCGGCCAGCCAGCUAUGUCUCUUGAAGAGUCUCCCCUCCUGGUAGCAGUCUGCCCCGACCUCGGCCCUGGAUAACAUCGUGGCUGCCAUAGCAGUCGCUCCCCAACUUACCUGCCCCCUCUUUAGACUUUAUUUUUAUUUUAUUUUUAUUUUCAUUUCAAACUUCUUGGGUGCCAUCGUUUAAUCCACAUAUAUUUUUUAUUUUUAAACUUCCCAAUGGACUUUUGUCAGUAAUGUUGGCCCAACAAUAAGCCCUUUUGAAAGUUAAGAAAAAAAAAUAAAAAGUUUCUUUUUUGAUCUCACUCUCUCUCUCUCUCUCUCUCCCUCUCCCUCUCUCUCUCUCUCUCUCUCUCUCUCUCUCCCUCUCCCUCUCUCUCUCUCUCUCUCUCUCUCUCUCUCUCUCUCCUAUUUGCUCUGUCUUUUCCUCUCUACCAAACCCAAAGUAAACCAGAUCUGUUUGUCCCUUCUGGCGCGCUGUAGAAAUGCUUGGCUGCCGUGGUGGUUCUGUCGACCAAUCCCGGCCCUGCUGCAGCUGCUUAACCAAACCCUGCCUUUCUCUCUCACUUUCUUUCACAAGUCUUUACCUUCAGGAUGUGGAUUUGUUGCUCUUUUUUCUUCUUUUUGACAAAUAAAAGUUUCUGCAGUUUA